UUCUUAAUUCCUCAUCCACUCGCCGCACGACGAAGAGAGCGGCUCCCAUUCCCCACCACCUACUCGGACCGGAGCAGCAGAUUCUCGAAGCGACCGGUGAAACAUUCUCGCGCCAAUUGUGGGGGCCAUGGGCGCCAACGGACACCCGCCGGCGAGCACCGUCGCGCAGAACGGAUCCCACUCUGGCGGAGGCGGAGGAGGGGGAGGGGGAGUGAACCCUAGCAACGGCGGCACGGGGGCGGCUCUUCGGCACGACCCUGGUCUGGCGCGGGAGUGGUCGACGGAGGAGCAGACCAUCCUCGACGAGCUGCUGGUCAAGUAUGCAUCCGAUUUACCCGUUGUUCGUUAUGCAAAAGUUGCAAUGAAGUUGCCAGAGAAAACAGUUCGGGAUGUAGCCUUGCGCUGCAGAUGGAUGAAUAAAAAGGAGAGCGCCAAAAGAAAGAAAGAGGAUCACAACUCGUCUAAGAAAAGCAAGGACAAAAAGGAGAAGGUUUCAGAUUCUUCGUCGAAACCACCUGUGCAUAUGGUGGGUAGGCCUAAUGUUCCUCCAUACCCUCUUCCAGUUCUUCCAAUGGACGAUGAUGAAAUCUCAUCCAAAGCCAUUGGAGGUCCAACGGGUGAAAUACUUGAAACUAAUGCCCAUGUUUUGGGUCAAAUUUCGUCAAACCUUAGCAACAUGCAGAUACAGGACAAUAUCUCUCUGCUCUGCCAAACUCGCGAUAAUAUACUCAGGGUCUUGAAAGAGAUAAACGAUGCUCCAGAUAUCAUGAAGCAGAUGCCCCCGCUACCUGUGAAGAUAAACGAGGAGCUCGUCAACUCGUUGCUCCCUAGACCAACUGUACCUAUGCAGUAGUGAUAGCAAAAUGAGCUUUUAAGAUAGGCAGCUGAAAUAAAAAAAAAAAGGGGCAGCCCUGGUACUUUUUUGUUCGUUUUGUAGCUCCAUCCUCUCGCCUUCUGUAUUGUAUGUUUCGUCUGGAUGCUUAUGUUUGUUCCAACCUUUUGCAAGUCAGGCGGUUGGAACGUGUACCAAGUUACCAAGGGCUGCUUCCACAUAAGUAUCAGGUCCUGACUCUGUUUUGUAAUCUAUAGCUGUUUGGUAAUGCCAUGGAAUCGGAGUAC